CCUUAUCAACAACAAUAAUGUAGUUGUACAGUGCGCUCGUGAGAAUUACACCACAUGCUGGUUUACUUUCAAAUUUCAAAUAAUAUCUAAGACGAAGUAAGACGUGUUUAAUUACAGUUUUCGAAGAGUUCGUGUAAAAUGUGGUUUCUUGUGUUCGGUUUAGUUACGGUCGUUUCUCGAUGUACUUAUGCCAACAUUUGCUUUUGUACAAAAGAUAAUUCAUCGACAGCGGUGUUUGCCAAGCGAAUUAUUGCUGACAUAAAUGGCUACGUUGUUAACCUCCAGUGUUUCUACGGUCAUUAUAAGGAAGGGGACGAAUGGAUCUCAGCACAUGAUGGAACAAUAGUUGUGCAUAUAAGACGAAUUGACGUAUCAACUUGCGGACCGAAUUCCAUUCCUAGCAACGGCAUAAUCGGGCGCUUACAGUGGACAGAGGAAAACGCAAUGACCGCUUAUUCAGGUCGAUUGAUCGAGAAUGUUUACCGAAAACGUUUCGUAUUAGAUACUGAACACUCAUCGACAACGUUAAUGCCUAAUACCAGUGCAAAUAAACAGGCAGAAAGCACUUCGGAAGUGUGCGAAGAUGUCGACAGCGACUGCAAAGAGUACGGCUACGGCUACAUUUGUGUCGGCGAUAGGAUACCAUGGUCACGUGUUCACUGCAAAAAAUACUGCGGGUUAUGUGAAAAUCAUACUUCAACAACUGUUAAUACAUCACCAACAACAGUGCCUGUAGCAGCAUACAGCCAAUCAUCGCCUCAGCAUAGAAGCACAGCUACACAUGCUACGUCAACCUUUGAAGUCUGCAUAGACGUUGACAAAGACUGUUACACGCACUACCACGACAAGCUCUGUGUCGGUGAGAUGGAACCUUAUGCAAAGAUCCACUGCCGAAAAAAUUGCGGUUUCUGUAAAAACCCAUGGUGCGAGGAUGUUGAUCCAGACUGUGACAGCUAUGGGCGUGGGUACAUAUGUACUGACCAUUUCAAACCAUGGGCCUCUAUACACUGUGCGAAAUACUGCAACUUCUGUGACCAAGGUUAUACCACAACUGCUACGAUGGCAGCGACGAAAACAACACAUGCGACAAUUGUUAAGCGAACUCCAUCGAAAAAAUGGAGCGUAAACGAUGACAACAAAACCUUAAGGGUGGAUAUUGAACUAGGAAGAAAAUCGUUGUAUUUGAAAUUGUACCAUAUACAUUAACCAAAAGCAAUGAACACACAAACUAUUGCAAACGGAUUGUGUGACAACUAAUCCCUUGGGUGUGGUAUUAACUAAGGGUAACUUAUACAUUUUUAACCUAAACACAUUACAAAAUUGCGACUUGUUAUGGUCAGAUGAUUCCUGGGAUAAUGUUGACA